AUGGCUCGUAUUCUUCGCGGAUUGGCCUACGGGCUGGCGCUCACCCGCUCAGUAUAUGCGGUGGACAUGAACAUGGAAUACAACCAAGGCCUCCCGGAUACUGGCCUCGAUGUGUCCGGCUGGACUGCUGGCGAGCUUCCCGAUCUUGACGACAUGAUUUCCCUCAACGACUUUCAAAUGGCGGCCAAGAACUUCCUCUCGGCCAAAUACUAUACCCAAUAUCGAACAGGCGCCCUUGAUGAGACAACAUAUAUUAAUAAUCUUGACAUCUUCCGAAAGAUCCUGUUCAACGGAUAUGCCUUUCAAGACGUGAGCAACCUGAACCUCAACACAACCAUCUUGGGCUACAACUUCGCGGCCCCUUUCUUCAUUGCCCCUGCCGCUAAUGCAGGCCACGCCAACGACGGCGCCGAGACCAAUCUCGUCAAGGCCGCCGCCUCGGCCGGCGUCUUGUACGCUCCGUCCAUCUCGGCGACCCAAAGCAUCGAGGAGAUUGGAGCUGCCGCUGCCGACGGCCAAAUCAUGUUCCACCAAGAGUACCUGUGGGCCAACACGACGCGGGUCGAGGACGAGCUCGCGCGCAUCGAGGCCGCCGGCUUCAAGGCCAUCUUCCUGACCGUCGACAACACGGGCAUUGGCGGCAUCCGCGACCGAUCUCUGCGCUUCAGCUCGGGCAGCAGCGAUACGGGCCACACCCUCGACUUCACCGUCGACUCGCUCAACCGCCUGCGCAACAUGACGUCGCUGCCCAUUGUGCCCAAGGGCAUCAAGACGGCCCGCGACGUCAAGCUCUGCGCCGACCUCGGCUUCGACGCCGUCUACAUUUCCAACCACGGCGGCCGCGUCGUCGACGGCGCCCCCACGGCCGUCGAGGUCCUCCUCGACGUCCACGCCCAGUACCCCGAGGUCUUUGACCAGAUUGAGAUCUACGCCGACGGCGGUGUGCGCCGCGGCACUCACGUGCUGGCGCUGCUCGCGCUGGGCGUCCGCGCCGUGGGUCUGGGCCGCCCGCCCAUGUUUGCCAACGUCUUUGGUCAGGAGGGCGUCGAGGCCAUGCUGGAUAUCCUGCGGACCGAGCUGGUGACGGAGAUGCAGCUGCUCGGACAGACGGACGUGGAGAAGUGGCGGGGCAACACCAGCUUCAUCAACACCAAGAGGGUGGAGCUGGAGUACUAUGGCGCACCGCUGUCGAGCUUUACACAAAUAAACUACUAG